UUGUGCAUUCUCUUUUAUAUGUAUAAUAAUCAUGCCUAACCAUUUUGUGAUUUACAUGUGGCAAUGUCAAGAAGAAUUUUACAGUAAGAUUUACUAACGAAUAUUAGAAAACAUACUCAAAAACAGUCCUCUCCACCCCUCACUUCCACUUGCAUACUUGAUCAAGACAUGAGAUCAAAAAUACUAAGACUAUUGAGUCUAACUAAUAAGACACAAAUGUGGACUUUGGAGACUCAUUUCCUUCCCACUUUUGGUAGCUUAGCUGAGGAGGCGAUCAAAUGGAUUGAGUCAGUCUGUAGAGAGAGAGCAAGGCUGAUUAUAGUUUUCCUGGCCUGCAAAGCUGUUCCCAGUGUCCUCAGUAUACAGACCUUGGUCAUCAGUAUACAUACUCCCUGGUGUGGUUUCUGGGCCUCAGAUCCCUUAAUAUGUAGGUUGGCACUAAAGUAAUUUUGUAAACAUUUAAAGGCAAAAACCACAAUUACUUUUGCUUUUAAUGGCAAAAACCACAAUUACUUUUGCACCAACCUAUAUCUUGUUAUUUAGAGAAACUAGGCGUUCCCUACCUCUCUUGGGCAAACCUAUAGCUAUGUAACAUGGCAGUGGAAUGACACUAACUGCCUCAUUCUCCCUGGGAGUGCUCUCUGCAUGUUCAGUCUCCCAGUGAAGAGAACCCUUCUAUCAGGACCUUCAUCAUGAUACAAAAGGAGUAUCUAUGCCAGGCCACAGCUGCAGAUCAAUUUCUUUACAUAUUCAUCAAUGUCUGAAGAAGUUACUUAUGCAGAUCUUAAAUUCCAGAACUCCAGUGAGACAGAAAAAAUCCAAGAAAUUGGCAAAUUUGGGGAAAAAGCACCUCCAGCUCCCUCUCGUGUAUGGCGUCCAGCAGCGUUGUUUCUGACUGUUCUGUGCCUUCUGACGCUCAUUGGAUUGGGAGUCUUGGGAAGCAUGUUUCACAUUACUUUGAAGACAGCAAUGAAAAAAAUGAGCAAACUACAAAAUAUCAAUGAAGAGCUUCAAAGAAAUGUGUCUCUACAACUGAUGAGUAACAUGAACAGCUCCAACAAGAUCAGGAACCUCUCCACCACACUGCAAACAAUAGCCACCAGAUUAUGUCGUGAGCUCUAUAGCAAAGAACAAGAGCACAAAUGUAAGCCUUGUCCAAGGAGAUGGAUUUGGCAUAAGGACAGCUGUUAUUUCCUAAGUGAUGAUGUCCGAACAUGGCAGGAGAGUAGAAUGGCCUGUGCUGCUCAGAAUGCCAGCCUGUUGAAGAUAAACAAUAAAAAUGCAUUGGAAUUUAUAAAAUCCCAGAGUACAUCAUAUCCCUAUUGGCUGGGAUUAUCUCCUGAAAAAGAUUACAGUUACGGUACGAGCGUGGAUAAUAUAAUCAACUCCUCUGCCUGGGUUAUACGAAACGCAUCUGACUUAAAUAAUAUAUUUUGUGGAUAUAUAAAUAGAAUAUAUGUUCAUUAUGAUUACUGCAUUUAUAGAAAAAAAAUGAUAUGUGAGAAGAUGGCCAAUCCAGUGCAGCUUGGUUUUAUACAUUUUAGGGAGGCAUGAGUCAUCAAUCAAAUACAUUUAAGGAGAGUGGGGGGUUGGGGUUCCAGACUAUAGGUAAAUUUAAAUAUUUUCUGGUUGACCACAAUUGGUUGAGUUUGUCUAAGGACCUGGGAUUUUAUCACGCAGAUGAAACAUCCAGGUAGCAAGCUUCAGAGAGAAUAGAUUGUGAAUGUUAAUGCUGGAGAGGUAUAAUGAAGCAUGCCCCUCCUCCCACUUCCCAUCAUCGCCUGAACCCUGGAGAAGAGGAAGUCCAUUCAGAUGGUUGUGGGGGGCCUUCGAAUUUUAUUUUUCAUUUACAUUCUUCCCCUUCUGGCCAAGAUUUGCCAGAGGCAACAUCCAAGACCAGCAGAUUUUAAUUUUGUCCCAUAGCAUUGCCAGGGUGGCAUGGCGCGCCAUCUCCGGUCCAUCCUAUACUCCGUGGGACUCCCUAUAGCUGAAGGCCUUAUGAGUCAAAGGACUUUUAGCCAAUUGAUUGUUCCAGGCCAGAUAAGAAUGGAUGUGGACAUGCAUUUAUUACCUCUUAAAAUUAUUAUUUUAAGUAAAAGCCAAUAAACAAAAAUGAAAAGGCAA